AUGCCUGUUGCAGCAGAACCCACCCUUUCCGCUAUUCGCAUUUACCCUGUAAAGUCAUGUCACUGUGUUCAACUUGACGAAUGCGAGAUUGGUGCACUUGGACCCAAACACGAUCGACGAUUCAUGUUUAUUGAAGAAAGCAACAAGCGUUUUAUUACUCAACGCAAAUAUUCUUCGAUGGCUUUGAUCCGUCCUUUGGUGGAUGUGAAGAACGACACGUUGACAUUGACAGGACCAGGCCAACCUGAUUUGACAUUGCCCUUGACACCUCCCAAAGAAGAAAACAAUCGCCUCACCGUCACCGUAUGGAAGGAUACCAUCACAGCCUAUGAUAUGGGCGAUGCAGCAGCAGCAUGGAUUGGCAAAUUCUUUAAGGAUCAUCGCCAACACAACCAAAUGAAUCCACACAGCGAUGAUGGCGGCAUGGGCGGUGUAGGACCCGAUGUACCUCCAGCACGAUUAGUGGCGAUUGAUGAACAAGAUUAUUCGCGACCUUCCCAUGAUCGAUUACCUGGCAUUCACACUGCAUUUUCGGAUUCAUCUCCCAUUUCGUUUGGAUGCGAGUCAAGUCUUGAAGACGUCAAUAACAACUUGAUCCAAUCAGGAUUAAGCAAGGGCCAAUCCAUUCCUAUUGAUCGAUUCCGCAAUAACCUCACCAUUUCUGGUACCGUGGCAUGGGAUGAAGAUGAAUGGCUUGUCGUCCAGAUUGGUGAAGUGACAUUUUAUGUGAUGCGACCUACGGCUCGUUGUACAGUGCCUGGAUUCAAUCAAGAUACCGGGAUCAAGGAUGAUUGGGGCAAAUCAGGUGUAUUGGAUUAUCUCAAAGUCAAACGCAACUUGACCACCAAUCCCAAGCAAGGCUACUUUUGUGUGGAUGCCGCUCCCCUCACCAAGGGCACCAUUCGUGUAGGCGAUCCUGUCAAGAUCUUGGAAAGAAUCCCAGCAGACAAGGUUGAACGUCCUGUGGGUCCACCACCAACAACGACCUCUAAUGAUAACUAA